AUGAUAAAUGUAUUAGAAAAAUCAAUUUUAAGUCAAUGUACUCAUCUUUAUUCAAUUAAAUUAUCAUCAAAUCUAAUAUCAAUAGAUGGAUAUGCUUUCCAACAAACUUAUUUAAGAACAUUUGACAUCCCUGAUUCAGUAAGAUCAAUUGGAGAGAAUGUUUUCUAUAAUUGCUCACAUCUAAAAUCUGUAACAAUUGGAAAGGGAAUAACAACUCUAAACAACUUAUUCAAACUAUCUUCAAUAAGUGAAUUUCAUAUUCCAUCACACAUUACUCAGAUAAAUGUAAAAUGCUUUGAAGCAGUUCCUUAUAUACAAGUGACAAUUGAUAAAGACCAUCCCGUAUAUUAUAUCAAAGAUAACUUCAUUAUUAGAAGAGUUGACAAUGCAAUAAUAUGUUCAUUUGGUGAAUUGCCAAAAACAAUUCAAAUUCCAGAUGAGAUUGAGCAGAUCAAUUCUAUAACAUUAAAUCAAAAGUGGGAAAAAGCAAAUGAUGGUUUUGGAGGCGAGUUUUAUGAAAAUUAUGAUAAACUUCCAAACAUUGUAAUUCUUCCUGAAUCAUUUGUGAAUGGAAUUCCAAAUGAAAUUCUUGGAAUUAAACUAGUUUGUUAUAAAGGUACAUAUCUUCUAGGGCAAGAUUAUGGUGAAAUAUCAUCAAGUGCUGAAAUCCCGACAGAAUAUGACGCAAGUGACAAAUAUCCAUCAAAUAUGAUGUUUGAUAAAGAAAUUUUAGGACAGAAUUGUAAUUCAAAGAAUUAUAUCUCAAAGUCCAAAUGGAGACAUAUCAAUGGAUUGACAACAUUAGAAAUCACUUUGAUUGUGAUAACGAUACUUCUUUUCUUCGUAUUAAUUGGAUUCUUCGUUAUGUUUUUUGUUUCAUCAAGAAAGAAUAAGAAGAAAGAUAGCGAUUCUGGAUUUAAUCAAAAUCAAAUAUAA